GCAGAAGGUUUCCGCGAAGGGGAGAGGCCCGGCCGGCCGGUCCCCAUUCGUCUGCCUCCUCCCCGCGCCUCUGCUCUGCCCCGCGCAUUUCCCCCUUGGUAUAUAGCUCCCCGUCCGGGCCUCCCUUGCCGCCACCGCGGGGACGACGCGCCAUGUGCUAGCUCUGCUCGCCCCGGUCCAAGCCUCACCGAUCCGCAGCUCACGAGUGCCCGUACGGCCGAGUGCACGAGCUCGAGGGGUCCAUUGGAGAGGACGGCGCGAGGGGAUAGGAGGAAGCCAAGGGAGGGAGGAAGAAGAGAGAGAGAGACGAGAAGGGAAGGAGUUCUGUGUGGGAGAGGCAGGCAGAGCAAGCUUUUUCGAUCUGAAUUUUCAAGCGAUUGAGGCGCGAGGAGCAAGCAAGAGAGAGGAGCGGAGAUGGUGGUGGUGAAGCAGAGGAGGAUGUCGGGAGAGGUGUUCUGGCCCAAGAUCGUGCUCAAGAAGUGGCUCAACCUCAAGAGCAAGGACUUGGACUUCGGCGCCGACGAGGACGAGGACGACGACGACGGCAGCGACAUUGACGACCAAGAGAACUGCGGCUGCGACGGCGAUGGCGCUCGCCGGCCGGCAGACGGCGGUGCUCAGAUCACCGAUGAGAUACUGGAGAGCGCGCCGUACAAGCUGAGGAGGACGAACUCGGAGACCCUGCGCGCGCAGUACAUCAACACCAAGGAACUGAGGGUCUGCGUCGGCACCUGGAACGCCGGCGGCAGGGCCCCGCCGGAGGACCUCGACAUCGCCGAGUGGCUCGGCACCGCCUCCGGCGCCGAGCCCGCCGACAUCUACGUGCUCGGGUUCCAGGAGGUGGUGCCGCUGAACGCCGGCAACGUGUUCGGCGCGGAGGACGGCCGGCCGGCGGUGGCGUGGGAGUCCGUGAUCCGUGGCACGCUCAGGCGGGCCCAGCCGUCGAAGCCCAAGUACAGGUUCUACAGCCACCCGCCCUCGCCGUCGCGGUUCGACCUGCCGGUCGACGCCGCGGCCGCCGCCGACGAGCUGCUUCCCGGCACAGACACCGAGACCGACACCGAUGACGACGCGCCGUUCGCCUUCCCCGUGCAGCCGGAGCGGUACGCCGCGGCGACCCCGAGGAAGCUGAGCAGGCUCAACCACUUCAGCGUCGUGGAUGACUCGGAGCCCAACGGCGACGAACCUGGCGAGCUCGAGCCGGGCGCUCCUCCGCAGCGGACGCUUCUGAGGUCGCUGAGCCGGGCGGACAGGGUCGGGCUGGUCUGGCCGGAGCAGCCGCUGGACCUGGUGCCCGCGCGCGCCAUGAGCGCCGCCGCGUCGUCGGCGUCGUUCAAGGCGUCCAAGUCGUUCAGGGCCUACAAGUCGUUCAGGGGGUCGUCCCGCGUCGCCGCCGACGCGCCGGCGGACGACCUGCCGAUGAUCCCGGACCUCGACCUGGACCUCGACCGCGCGCUGCGCAAGAAGAGCCGGUCCCCGUUCGUGAGGAUCGUGAGCAAGCAGAUGGUGGGCAUCUUCCUGACGGUCUGGGUGAGGAGGGGGCUCAGGAAGUGCGUCCAGAACCUCAAGGUCUCCACCGUCGGCGUCGGCGCCAUGGGCUACAUUGGCAACAAGGGAGCCGUGUCAGUGAGCAUGUCCAUCUACCAGACCAUGUUCUGCUUCGUGUGCAGCCACCUCGCCGCCGGCGAGAAGCCCGGCGACGUCCACAAGCGGAACGCCGACGUGCAGGAGAUCCACCGGCGGACGCGUUUCCCUGCCCCGGGUGACCAGCAGCUGCUCAGAGACAUCCACGACCAUGAUUUCUGCAGCCGGAUCUUCUGGAUGGGUGAUCUGAACUACCGCCUCGACGUGUCGUACGAGAGAGCCCACGAGCUGAUCUCGACGAGGAGCUGGUCCAAGCUAGCCGAGAUGGAUCAGCUGAAGCGCGAGCUGAAGAAGGGGCGGGCGUUCGACGGGUGGGCGGAGGGCGUGCUCGAGUUCGCGCCGACCUACAAGUACGCGCUGAGCUCCGGCAGGUACGUCGGCGACGAGCACAAGGGCGGGCGGCGGACCCCGGCGUGGUGCGACCGGGUGCUGUCGUACGGGAAGGGGCUGCGGCUGCUGAGCUACCGGCGGUCGGAGCUGGCGCUGUCGGACCACCGGCCGGUGACGGCCACGUACGCGGCGGAGGUGGAGGUGUUCUGCAGCCGGAAGCUGCAGAGGGCGCUGACGCUGACGGACGCCGAGGUGGAGGGCGGGCAGGUCGUGCCGGACCUCGAUUUUUAACGGGGUUCGGCCGGCGGAGCCACCAUGCCGGUUGGGGGUGCCUGCAGGAAGUUCAGAGCUUUCUGAAGGCUAACGCACGGUGCCUGACUUCCUGCUCCAUGCUGAUCGUGCAGGAUAACCGGGAGAGCUAGAGCUAGUGAUUGCUCCUUGUGUUUUGGGCGAAAUGGUCGUGUAAAUAUGGGUAUGAGUAGCUGUGAGCCUCUGAAUGUAUUGGCAUGUUUCUGUAACUUGUAAGCCUCUGAAUGCAUCGGCUGAUUGCGUGUAUCACCAUCGAAGCAUGAGGGGAAUGGUAGUCUGCUUCGAAAUGCCAGUUUUCUCUAA